GCAGCUCCGCUCUGUGGAGGUCGGGGAGGAGGCGCUCAAGAUGUUGUCGGUCCCGGGCUCUGGAGGCGCCCCUUCGCCGGGCUUCGGCGCCGGCGAGGCCGGGUCGGGCUCCGGGGGCGACUUCCUCACCCGCUACCGGCUGGUGUCGGCCAAGCUGCGGCGGCGCUUCCUGCGGAAGCCCAACGUAUCGGAGGCGGGCGAGCAGUUCGCGGCGCUGGCGCGGGAGCUGCGGGGCAACGAGCUGCGCGCCGCCUCCGAGCCCGGCCAGGCCGUGCCGGCUCUCCUGCGCGCCGCCGACCUCCUGGCUGCCGCCCACCUGCCCCUGGAAGCCGUGCGCUGCCUGCGCGACGUCGCCUCCUGCCUGCUGCUCUGCAGAGACCACGACGGCGCCCUGGCUGUGCUCACGCAGGCCCAGCUGCUGGUCCAAGGCGGCGCUGGACUGGCCGGACCGGCGGCAGCGGCCCCAGCCUCCUCCUCCUCCUCGUCGUCUCCCGCUAGCCUCCCGCCCGGCGCCUUCCUCGACGAGCUGCUCCACUGCGAGGUGACCCGCGUCCUCCUCCUCCUCCUGCUCCAGCCGCCGCCCUCCAAACUUCUGCCUGAGCACGCGCAGACCCUCGAGAAGUACUCCUGGGAAGCCCUGGAUGCCUCGCCUGGGUACCUGCCGCCCGAGCUCUUCCUGCUGCUGCAGUCGGCGGUCAUGGCCUGCCAGGAGAAAGACCUGGAGGCGCUCAAGGUGCUGCAGAAGGAGCUGUGGCCGCUGCUUAAUGCCGAGCAGAACCACCUCGUCCAUUUGGUCGUGCAAGAGAUGAUCAGCCCCUCCGGCCAGGGAUUCUGAUGAGUGACACGUCCCUUUCUGAGCGUGGGGAUGUUGACACUGCCCCUGUGACUGUGGGGCAAGGUCUUGUUUUUAGGUAUGGAUGGCGUUCAAGGAAGUUUGCUAGUCAGAGCUGAUCCUAAGGAGUAGUGCUUCCCUUGGCCCCGCCAGCCAGCUUGCCAUAGUGGUUUUGCCUUCCCUCUGUACCUGAAUGCUACAGACUCUUCAUGCUCCUACUCGCCCCUCCCCUCCUGAAUCUAUUACACCCUCUUUGCCUAUUAUGCCAAUGGUUAAGGACUUGAAAGAACCACAUCAGAACCCUUAGUAUUGUCCUUCAGCCAGCAUUUCCUUUUUGCCUCCAGAAGACACAUCCUUUAGUCACAUGUGAUUCUUGUAUCUUGUUGUAAUUUUUAUAUCUUAUGUAUAUUUUCUCUUUGGAAACAUGGUCAUACCGGGUUAUCACACUAUCAACUUUGGGGUAGAUGUAUAUAUUUAUUUAUUUAGAAAACUUUGGGUAAACAUCCUUAAUGUCAGGAAUCACAUCUGCCUGUUUCUUGUGCACUUCAUUUGUUCAAAGAUAACAUAUGUAAAUAAUUUUAAAGUGGCCAAAAUGGGACCUUCAAAAGUUUUUCCCAUUAAAAACAAAUCUGAAAAAUGUACCGCUGUUUUCUUUUGCACUAGGUUCUUUGUCAGGGUUUCUUGCUUGAAAAAUUCCUACU